AUGGGUGCUAAUCUGUCGAAGGCUUUGGGGAGGUUGUUUGGGAACAAGGAGAUGAGGUUGCUCAUGUUGGGUCUCGAUGCCGCCGGGAAGACCACCAUUCUCUACAAGCUCAAGUUGAACCAGUCUGUCACAACGAUCCCAACAGUUGGCUUCAACGUCGAGACCGUAACCUACAAGAACGUGAAAUUCAACGUCUGGGAUGUCGGUGGCCAAGAUAAGAUCCGGCCUCUGUGGAGACAUUACUACACGGGGACGCAGGGUCUCGUGUUCGUCGUGGAUAGUCAAGAUAGGGAGCGUAUAGAUGAAGCCAGGCAGGAGUUGCACCGGAUAUUGAGUGACAGGGAGAUGAAAGAGUGCCUCUUGCUUGUGUUUGCGAACAAGCAGGAUCUACCAGGAGCCAUGCCCCCUUCAGAGGUGACCGAGAAACUGGGGUUGCACCGCAUGCGCGAUAGGUCAUGGUAUGUUCACCCGAGUUGCGCGACGACUGGGGAAGGGUUGUUCGAGGGGCUUCAGUGGCUCUCGCAAAACGUCAAGAAACGCCAGUCAUAA